CUGUCUCCACUACACGCGCGCUGCCUUCGAUUCCCCCAGCCUCUCUUUCGACUUUAUUGUGCAUAAUAGCAAUUCCCUCUGAAGCAGGCUACUGUGCGCAGGGCUCAGUGCAACAAGUUUUCAGGAGCCGUCAGUACAGGUAGACUUGAUUUUGGCUGGAGCGGAGUGGCGCUCCACUCAUCCUUCUGUCGCUGUCACCACAAGUCACUGUACGUAAACGCCGCGUCGCAGGCACACACACACACUCACACAAACACGCACACACACUGCACAGAGCAGAACAGUGUGCCAUAAAUUCGUGACUCCGCGCCAGAUGCAGUUCGCUCCCAACAAGCGCGUGUAGGUGUAGUUAAUAUGGAGAUCGCGGAGGCAAGAGGAGCAUCUAAGUGCGUGGAAAAAAUGGAGAAAGAAGUGGCGCCUCAGAAGCGACAACAUUGCGGCACAACAGUGCUGAACAUUAUCUCGUCUUUGUGCUCAGUGGCGUCCAUCGCCUUUUGCAUUCUUCUGAGCAUUAACACAGCUGAUUUGAAGAACCGGGUUGUGGAUUUGGAGAGUGGGAAUGACGAGCACACCUUGAUCCGUGCCCCUGGCUACUCCAUGGGUCAUUUUAAUUCAUUGAUUGAACAAAGAGUGGAUGAGCUCCUCUCACAGCGCUCCUAUGAACAUUUUGUCAAGAUUCGGACUGCCAGACAAGCAGGACCUGAAUGCACCUGCCCUCCAGGACCUCCAGGAAAGCGAGGAAGAAGAGGCCGCAUUGGAGAACCUGGACUUCAUGGCCCUCCAGGUCCUAAGGGUGAAAAGGGGGAUCAAGGCGACCAGGGACCACGGAUGGUCUUCCCUAAGAUCAAUCAUGGCUUUCUUUCUGCUGACCAGCAGCUCAUAAAGCGGCGGCUCAUUAAGGGAGAUCAAGGGCAAGCUGGACCGCCUGGGCCUCCGGGGCCACCAGGGCCUCCUGGGCCAAGGGGGCCUCCAGGGGACACAGGGAAAGAUGGGCCCAGAGGUGUACCUGGUCUAGCAGGGGAUCCAGGGCAGCCUGGAGAACCAGGAAUCAUGGGACCUGAGGGGCCACAAGGGCACAAGGGUUCACUCGGGCCUUCUGGCAUCCCAGGUGUUGAUGGACUGAAGGGGGAUGUUGGCAUCCCAGGAUUGGACGGUGUCCCCGGAGCCAAGGGUGAAACAGGAGAGCGAGGUGAAAAGGGCGAUAUGGGUGAAGACGGACCGAAAGGUGAUAUGGGAGAGAAGGGAGAUGCAGGCUCCACUGCAGCAGGCAUCAAGGGUGAACCUGGAGAGCCUGGACGAAGUGGAUUAAAGGGAGAGCCAGGACUUCCAGGGCUGCCUGGACUUCCAGGGAUAAAGGGUGAGCCUGGAUUCUUCGGUCCCCAGGGAGAGCCAGGGCUUCCAGGACUCCCAGGAACUAAGGGUGAGAGAGGCGACCACGGGCCACAAGGAAAAGGUGAAAGAGGAGAACUUGGACCCGUUGGCCCAAAGGGUUCACAAGGAGAGGCUGGUACGCCUGGUCUUAAAGGGUCAAAGGGGGAGACUGGAGACAAAGGGGAGCAGGGAUCUUUUGGCCCGAAGGGCCCCCCUGGGCAGAAAGGAGACCAAGGAGCAACUGAAAUCAUCGACUACAAUGGAAAUAUUCAGGAGGCUUUACAGAAGAUAACCACUAUUACAGUAACGGGUCCUCCUGGACCUAUUGGGCCGAUGGGACCCGAGGGUAUGAAGGGGGAUCGUGGUAUGCCCGGUCUCCCUGGACUCGAUGGUGAAAGAGGCUACAAAGGUUCCAAAGGUGACAUGGGAAUGCCCGGAGCCUCAGGGGAGAAAGGAGCAACUGGUUUACCAGGCCUACCAGGUGUCAAUGGGGUAAAAGGGGAUAAGGGAGAUACAGGUCUACCUGGUCCUCAAGGGUCUUCAAUCGUCGGCACUCCAGGGCCACCAGGGCCCCAUGGACUCCCAGGACCCAUGGGCCCCCAUGGUUUCCCUGGACCAAAGGGGGAACCUGGUUUGCAUGGUGUGAAGGGUAUCCGAGGGGAACCAGGACACAAAGGGGACCGUGGACCACUGGGUCUCCCCGGAGCCUCCGGCUUGGACGGCAAGCCCGGAAUUAGGGGCACGGAUGGGCCUACGGGUCCAGCUGGUCCAGCUGGGCCGAAGGGUGACAUAGGUGAGAGAGGAGCACCCGGUGAGCCAGGACCAAGGGGACCUUAUGGACUGCCUGGAUCUGCUGGAACUCCAGGCUUGGAUGGGUUGCCAGGCUUAAGGGGAGAGAAAGGCGACGUUGGGGAAAGAGGAGAAAAGGGUUUCCGGGGAUUUAAGGGUGAAAAGGGGGAACCAGGGCAGCCAGGUCUGGACGGGCUGGAUGCCCCAUGCCAAUUGGGCCCAGAUGGAUUACCAAUGCCUGGAUGCUGGCAGAAGUGAUCACUCUAACCUGAAACGCAUGGAGUUUGUAAAUAAUGCUUCUUUUAUGGUAUUUAUAGUUUUUUUAAUGGAAAAAAAAAAAUGUCUAAAAGAAAAGAAGUCUAUGUGUACAAUGAUACAAAAAAGACAUAACCGUCCCUAAGCUGCUUCUACUCACAUCACCGUGUGGAAAAACAACCGUGUGCGUCCGCUCUCUCACAUACACAUCGUGGUGGAGCUCAGAUCGUUGGCUGGCGGCAGAACUUGUCUCUGUAGUCUUUGCAUGGCUCAGACUGACUGGAGCGUCGCAACCCGGCCAGAUUCACGGGGGGGGGUGAAAGGAGACGUUGGAAGGAAGAGGAGGAAGUGGAGGAAAGGGAUCUGGACUGGCUCUCUAACACCAAACGCUAGGUGUUUUGUGUUGUUUGGUCUCAACAAGCUCAUCGCCCAUUCAUGCAGCAUUUUCAAAAGACAAAAAAAAAACUGUGGCAAACAGAACAUUGCACCCCUGACCCUGCAAAAGCAUGAGUAGUAUACUGAAACUAUAUUUAUAUGUAUUGUAUAUACAUCAUACGUCACUGUUUUGUGGUUGCAUCAUGGCUUCUGCAGAAAAGAAAAACAACACUAACCUAAAAACAACAACAACAACAACCCCAGAGCUCUGAAUAAGUAAUUUCUGCUUUCCUUUAAUCUUCCCAAGGGAGUCACGCCAUGGCUGGUAGCCUGAAAAUCCCCAGAAAGUAAAGCUGUUUAUUAUUGUUGCUUUAUUGUGGUGAUGCCUGCAGAGGGUAUGAUAUCAGCAGGUUUUUCACUGUUGCACUCAUGUGGCUCAGCGUCAUCGUCAGUGUGGCGUCUCCCACACACACCCACACGUCGCCCGGCGAGAGGGGAGAACUUAGCAGGCUCACUGCACCGUUAGGAAAACAAAUCAGGCUCACGUGGAUUUGAGAUUGGACAGGCCUGCUCGGGACGCCCUCUGAGCACAGGAAUGGAUUCUGCAGGAGGGUUGCUAAGAGUCUCAUUGAUCUCCAUCGAGAUCAGCUGGAGCAUCUGCUUCUCCUAACAGGCAACGCUUCAAGAUCUACUGAGAGCAUGAACAGAAUGCGAUCAUGUUUUUUUUUUUUUUUGCUCUCAUUCUUUAAAAUAGUUAGUAUUUUGUGUAUAAUAGCCUUUGGUGCCUCAAGCUUUUAUUCAUUCCUUUAUCUGACAUGUACAACUUUAUAUCAUAUUUUGAAUUAUUGGAAUGGUGUUUAUUUCAGGAGGUUAAGCUUUGUUUGGUCAAGUUGUGGGAGUAUUGAAAAGACACACAUUGCGCACUGUUUUUCAUACAAUUUUUUUUCUUUUUCUUUACAAGCUGUUGAAAUAGCAUGUAGGUUACAGCUUCACCUGAGCACACGGUAAGAUUACGUUCAUUCAUGACCGCCGAUCUUACUCAUGGUUUUGAAGAAGCUCAUUGUUUGUGCAAAAAAACAUUGUGCUACUUGUUCAUUCUGGACUUGAUGUUAGUUGUACAGUGUUUUUAAUUCACUGCAUGAACACAAUUUAUUACUUAUGGAUUUCUUCAAUAUUGAAAAUAAGCAUGGAUCCCUCAGAAGCGUUGUUUCCUGGUUGGAGUUCAUUCAGCUCUAAAUAAGAUUAAGCCGAACAUACAGUAGCUAGUAUUUCAGAUCAGAACAAUCUCAGUUGCAUUACAUUACACUGCUCUUUUACACCUCAUGUAUUGUCUUAAACAUUUGGAAAGCAUGUAUUACAGUGCAAGAAAAGCUAAUUUCAACAGACAGUUAAUUGGUCAACUUCCAGUAUACACCACAGUUUAACUGAUGGCCAGUUAUGUCACAUUCCAUAUCAGAUGGAGCAAUAGGUUUAUUUCCCACCGUAUAGUUUAUACAUCUCUUCAUAUCUCUUAUAUUCAAAUUGCCUUCUGACAUAGUAGGUGCUAUGCAAGGUGAUGCUCACAGUACAUCUUUUCUUCAACAUUAGAAAUAUGCAUGAAUGAUUUACUGUAGGGGCAGAUGUGAAACACCAACAUUUUGUUGUGAUGUAACAGCAACCACAGGUGGAUUCAAGAAGAUGUAUUGCCAUAUGGUUUCCGUUUGAUUGUACAGUCCAUCUCAUCGUUAUAAAGAAUGGGUGCACAUCUGUAUAGAUUAUAAUGGUGCUAUCUGAUAGUAGGUCAGCAACAGCUCAGUUGAUGCGCUCUACCAGUGGCAAGAACUACACAACAGGUUUCUUUAUUGUUGUUGGGGUUUUAUGUAUGUAACAACUUUUAAGUUUUUUUGUGCAUAUAUUUGUGUAUUUGUCUCUAUAUUUUAAGGGGUACAUUAUUUAUUUUUCCAUGAUUUCUUAAAUGAAGGCAUUUUGGUUCUAAACAGCAUUCCUUUCAGUUGUUUUGGCUUUUGAUGUCAGUUUCCGCUGUGUCUCUCUUGAUAUUAUGAAGGAUUUUUGGAUCAUCUGAAGGCAUCACAGUUAUGCAAAUGGGACAGUGUGAAGGAGGGUGGUCAUUUACAAAAAAAGCCAGACCAGUGUGUAUUCACUGUGCAUUUAAUUCAGAUGAUAUGCCUUACAAUGGGUUGUCUGCUUUUAUUUAAUUUUGUGUGUCAAAAAGCUAACUAUGACAACAAAGUACUGAUGGCCUGAAUGUUGACAGGGCCAGCCAAUGCAACGGCGUAAAGUUAAACAUCACAGCUUUUUCUCACUUUUCCUCUUCUGUGUGUCUCUCUCUCUCUCUCUCUCUCUCUCUCUCUCUCUCUCUCUCUCUCUCUUUGCAUUGAAUGUAGUUUGAUAUAUGUAUAGUGGAUUAUUAAUGUGCUGUUAAAAUGUGUGCUAAUUCGACAAGAAGUGCAAUUUAUACUUUGGUUAAUGUGUGUAGCAUCAAAUGCAGCUGACAUAUCACAUCAUUGUGAUCUCUAUAGCUCCAUUUGCUCAGUCACGCUACCCUGUAUACCACUACCUGGAAAGAAAAUGUUUAUUUACCAGAAGACAAAGAAACAAACAUGGACCUUUCAUUAAAUCUCCAUUUUUGAUUGGUUUAAAUAUUUCCUCAAAUACUGUCCCUUCACUCAUGUUUUAAAAUGUAAUUUCCAUUUAUUUACUAAAUUUUUGCAAUGUGUUUUUUGUGUGUUUUGAUUACCAGCCUUUGUUACAGUAUUUGUUCUAACAAGUUGUAGCAUGUGCAGCUAAUAUUUUUUAUUGAUUUCUUUUUUUAUUUGAUUGAUUUUUGUUUGUUUUAUUGUUGUGUUUCCUUGUUAAAAAUUCAAAGUUAGUUUAUUCAGCUAUUAGCAGAAGUGCCAAAAUAUUUCAAACAUUUAUUUCCAUAUCAGUAUUAGCAGAGCUGGUGAGAGGCUCAAAAUGACUCCCUGAUCAGCCUCAUCGUUAUCUUAUCAUAUUCAACGUUUCUGCAAAAAUGCUCGGAGUCAAGUUUUCCUCUGAAGAAACGGUAGCACACACCCAUGAGCAAAACUUCACUCACCAAAACCUUUCAGAAUAAAAGUGCUGAUGUAGGAUAACACUAACAAAGUCACAUCCUUCUGCAUUAUGCUAAAAGACCCUUGUUUCUUAUGAGAAACUCUUCAGAUCUGAACCCUCCAAUACACCGCAGCCUUACUGGAAUAAGUAGAUUGUCACAUACUCUCCCAAAAUGCUAAACAAAAUCCACGUCAUGGCUUUGAGUAAAAACUGCAUUUUGUUUUUGGUUGUAAAUGCUCAGUUUCUUUGUUCUGUGUUUGUACUCAUUUUUACCCACUUGAUUGACAUUUCUUUAAAAACCCUUGUGUUUACACACUACUAUAUUUCAAGAUGACAUUUCAUAUGACUGUACUGUUGGAGCCAAAUAAACAGUCUUUCAAAUACA